CAAACUUUUUUUUAUCAAAUAUAAUAUAGCCUUUACCCCAGCUUGAAUUAUCUGUCAUACUAUAUUGCAGUGUAAACAUACAUGAUGUCUUCUGCUGAAACCUUGAACUUUGGCCCUCAGUGGCUGCGAGAUUUAUCUGGUGGAGCAAGUACUUCUCCAACAAGUCCACCAGCGAUUCUAUCUCAGUUUCAACAGCCUACUUCAAAAUUCAAACUGGCUGAAAAUAGGUAUGGUCGAGAAGAGAUGUUGGCAUUGUUUGUGGACGAUUCUGAAAUACCUGAAGAACUUGCAAGAGCACCAUCACUCGUUACAGAAAUUGUACAAGCUCCUCUUGCCUUCAGACCUUCCGAAUCUAAUCAAUCACAGCUUUCGUCUGGUUUUCGAGGUCGAGGUGGUAUUUCAACUGGUCUCAGAGGUCGCUCCAUACCUGGAAGAGGAAGGGGAAGAGGCAGAGGCACAGCAUGGGUGGACCAUGACGAAGGUCCAGGUCGUAAACCACCUCUGUUGAGACGAUCAGAGAGUGAGGAUUGGCGCAGUGACUCACUCCGAGGUAAGGGUGAUGGGGCGGAAGAUAUGAUUGGUGGUUUGAAGGAGUGGAGAGGCUCCGGCCAGAGACCUGAUUUCUGGAAAGACACUUGGCGUGACAGACCAGGGGAAGUUCGCGAGCAGAAAACUUUCAGAAGUCGUUCCAUGAGUGCUAAGGAUUCCGGUGGCGAUUCCAGUAAGUCAUGGAACGAAGAGAAGUUUAGAGAUGAAGGUUUUAAAAGCAGUAGACUUUCGUCAUCUGAGUCACCUGAAGGUAAAAAAGAGAAGUCUUCACAUGAAAGUUCAAAAGAGAGCCCUGGGAAGGAUAGUAAUACAGAUAGAGGUGGGAAAAAUACAUCAAAUAGCAAUGUUGAAGAGUCUUCCAGCAACAAGUUACCUCAAAAACCUUCUACAAAGCAGCUAGAUCCCGUAACGGAGGUACAUGAAGUGCCUGAAGUGGAACGUUCAAAGCCUAAUGACAAAAGGGUUCAGCAAUCUCUGCCACUAGGUGGAAUCAAUGGUCAAGUAAGGCAAGCGUUCCAACAACCCAAUGAAGAGGUGUAUCGAAAUUUCCAAGCGAAAGAUACUGGGGGAGCUUCUUCAGUUGAGGAAAACCCAAUUACUGCCUCAUUGUAUCAAGAGAUACAGAAAACGACGGAUUCAUUUUCUACAUCUCUUGAUACCAAUGGCAUUAAUCCACCUAUUUCACAAAGCAUCCCAUUUUCAAGUAAUUCUUCUAUUGGUCAAUCACCUGCCCAUCAACCUUUACCUAUCGGCCAUUCGAAUAAAAAAUCCAGUUCGCCUAUCGAACAACUGCAACAGCUUGCAAGUACAUGGUUUUAUAAAGAUCCUCAGGGUGACAUUCAAGGUCCGUUUUCUUCCACCCAAAUGAUGGAAUGGUUUAACGCUGGUUAUUUCACUAUGGUUCUUCUCAUUAAAAGAGCUUGUGAUACCGAAUUUGUUCCAUUGGGUGAACUUAUUAAAACAUUAGGUCAGGUACCAUUCACUUCACCAGCUCCACCACAGUUGCAAAAAUGCAACAAUGUUAUUUCAGAAAGAUCUGCAUAUGAACCAAACGUAACGGCAAUGAUGCAACAAAAGUUUGCUGAGCAACAGUAUAUAAAAUUGCAAGAACAACAACAACAAAGUGCAAUUGGAAGUUCCAGAACGUUCCAAAAUCAACAACCAGAUGUUGAAAUGAUUUUAUCAGAAUUAAUGAAAAAUCAAGACUUUCGUCGUAUGUCUCCUCAGCAUCAACAACAAGUUGUUUUACAAUACGCUGAAGAAAUAAAACGACAUUCUUUAUCAUCUGAUGUGCAGAAGAAUACACCUUUUCAGAGUACUGUAACAACUGAUCCCAGUAGAAUUUCACAAGAGCAACAACAACUUAAUUCAAUGCGAUUACUUGGAAAUAUAAAUGUUGAAAAUGUUCAACACCAGUCUGAUUAUUUGUAUCAACAAAAGUUGAUGGAAGAAAAAAGAAGGAAAGAAGAAGAAGAAAUCAAAAGAAUUCAGAAACAACAAGAGGAACAAAAAGAAUUAUUGAAGAAACAGGAAGAAGAAUUUCAACGAAGAAAAGAAAUGUUAAUAAGAGAAGAAGAACAAAUAAAAAAACUACAAUUGGAAGCUCAGAGGAAAAAGGAAGAAUUGCAAAGAAAAAUUGAAGAAGAAGAAAGAUUAAGGAAAAUUCAAGAAAUGCAAGAAUUAGAAAGACUGAAGAAAAUUGAAGAAGAAAAACAAAGACUGCAUGAAAUUGAAGAAAGGGAGGCUGAACGCAGGAGAAUUCAAGAAGAGGAGGAAAACAGGAGAAGAGAAGAAGAAAAUAGGAAGAGAUUAGAACAAGAGGAGGCAAUGAGGAGAAUGGAGAUGCAAAAACAAGAGGAAAUAAAAAGAUUGGAAAUUGAAAGAGAAGAAAGAAGAAUACAAGAAGAAUUGAGAAGGCAAGAAGAAAGAAAUCGACAAAUGACCAGAGAAGCGGAAAUUCAACGAAAUCUGGAAGCAGCGAGAAUUCAAAAAGAAAAGGAAGAACAGGCCAAAGCACUUAUAAAACUCAAGCAACAAGAAAAACAAAUGCAACAAAUUCAAUUACCGAAGUCAGCCAGAUGGGGACAAGGAAGUCAAAUUCAACAAUCAAGUCAUUCUCAAUAUGAUUCACUAUCGCUCGUGGAAAUUCAAAAAAUGGAAAAAAAAUUUGAACAAACAAGACUGCAUGAAGAGGCAAGAAUAGCCAAAGAGACGCAUAGUUAUCAGACUCCAAAACCAAAAUCAGGGUGGAUGACAAAUCCAACACAGGAUAGCGGUGGAAUGUCUUUGUUAGAUAUACAACGUGAAGAAGCAAAACAAAUGGUACAAACACAACAACAAUUUAAAACAAAACAACCCGAGGCUCAAAAAGUUCAAAGUCUUGGUUACAAUACAUCAUGGAACAAACCUCCAAAGAUCCAACCUGAUCCACCUGUGGUGAAACAAUCUGCAGCAGCAUCAUCAUUCUGGGAUCAGGUCGUGGAAGAAAAUCAACCGAAACCGAGUCCUGUUCGACAAAAACAAACCAAACAACAGCAAUCAAAACAAAGCAAACCGAAGCAAUCAAAAGCAGCAAAGAAAACAAAGGGUGAUGAGGGUCAACAAGUAAAAGCAAUAUUCCAACAACAAAUAACAAAAGAUAGCUUCACGGAAUGGUGUGAGAGUUAUCUUGAAAGAAUGAAUGCUGGAUCUAUUGACAUUCCUACUUUCGUAAAUUUUCUGCGAGACGUAGAAUCACCUUAUGAAGUUCAAGAAUAUGUGCAAUCGUACCUCGGGGAAUCAAAAGAAGUCCGAGACUUUGCUAAUCUGUUCCUCGAACAACGUUCAAAUAUGAGUGGGAAGCAUAAUUUCAAAACCCCGCAAUCCAGGACUUCUGAUAAAUCUCGUUCAUCAGCAUCAAGAGAUAACGAUGGGUUUGAAAUGGUUACUGGAAAUACGAAACGAGGGAAGAAAAAAGUGAAAAAAUCACAAAAAGUUGAUCCAAGUAUUUUAGGUUUUUCUGUGAAUGCUGCUUCUGACAGAGUGAAUAUGGGUGAAAUACAGACAGCCGAUGACUGAGCAUGGUUGCCUGAAAUCUUUUUAACUCAGGAUAAUAAUACUGUAUAUUAUUUACUUACAUUUACCUUCUCUUUUAUCGAUAAUAUUUUGAAUUUUAUUUUGAAGUGGCAAGGUUGCUUUGCAUCUCUACACCUAUCUUAUCUUAUUACUAGUAGCUUGUUCCUAAAUACAAAAAGUUAGAUCUCAAAAGUUUUAUCAAUUGUUAAAUUUCGUGACUAGUUUUAGUAAUAUUUAGAUAGGAUGUAUAAAUUUGUUCGAGCUCAAAAAUGCCCAAGUCACUACAUUUUCGGCUCUUGCGCUUGUUUUUAAUUGGGUAGAGGUAUGAAUGAAAAUUCUUUCAGUUAUUUGUGAAGUAUGCAUAUCCAAAGAAUUCAGUCAACAAAAUUCACACUGUAUCAAAUAGUGUGCCUUGAGAAUUUGUGUAACUUUUUUCCAAGCUGUACAGUUUUGAAAAAAAAAUUUCAAGAAAGCGUAAUUUAUUAAGGAUUCAAAUAACUGUUUAUUUUAUUCAAAUUGAAAUUGGCCUUAUGAUCCUUCAUGAUUUUUUGCACUACGAUGUCAUUUGGGAUACUCAAAACUUGAAAGAGUUAAAGAACAAUCUCUUUUUUUAAACCACUGCUCUACCAUAUUUGAUUACAGGGAAGCUUUUCAUUUUAUAUAAAUGUAUGUUUCGGAGUGAAGUAGAUCAUUUCAAUAUCUCAGUCAUUCCUAGCAAUAAUAUAAAUGACGAGCUAAUAGUAUCUAAUAGACCUAGUCCGAAUAAUUUUACAUUUGAAAUAUUUGAAUUUAUAGCAAUUUAAUAUUCAAACUAAUUUAAUUUUGAAGGUUUUUGCUUGUAAAUUUUGAUUAGUCUUUUUGCAUUUUGCAUUACCCCCUUGCAACUAGAUCUCAAAUGAAUGCAAGACUUCUUGCAAAUAUAUGAACCAUACAGGCAUAUUGUGAUUUGGGUAAAAUCUCUUUAAAUUUUUUAAUGUCAACUAAGCUUAUCUUGGUGUUUGGACUUACGAAAUUGUUUAAAAGUCUAGGAUGGUUGGGAAAAGGUUCUUGCACGAACCACCUCUACCUCCACUGUUUUCAGUGAAGUAAUCUUUCUCGAUUGCUUGAAUUGAAUUUUAGUAUUUCGGAGAUACAAAUAUUUAAUGCUAUCAAUAUGUAAUAUGAAGGGCAUAAAUUUUCAAGCUUGAACAUCUCUAUUGAGUGGGCCGUACUGUUCUUUUGAUUUCUCUCACCUUUUUUGAAGGUGAUUUAUUGUUUCACUGUUUUUUCAUUAUCAAGUUUUCAUUGUUCUGCUCUAGAGAUAAGAGUAGUCAUAUUUCAAGAUUCAAAUAUUAAAAAUAUAACUGGUUUCUAGAAUAUCAAAGUCCAAAUAUGUAUUCUUCUAACUCAUCUUAGCUAUAAAAAGCAAAGAAUUUGGAUAGUAUUCUCUUCUAGUUGUAUAGUAAGCUCAUUCAUAAAAAAUGGUUUGUUCAUAUAUCGCUUUUGACCGACUUAUAUUUGUAUAAGGUAUUAUUUGUAAAAAGAAUUUUCUUAACCUGCCCUGUAUUAGAAGACACCAGCAUUGAGUUCUUAUAUAUGUAUAAUGAAUGAUCAGUUGAAGAGUCAAAAACUUUAAAAUUUGCAUUUAACAGAAUUAUCUAACAGAAACGUCCCUUAGUCACCGAAGUUUAUGUAUUUCAAAAUGCGCCUUAUUUUAUUUCUGUUUUUGCUAUUGUCGAAUUUUUCCUAGCGCUAUUUAUUGCUAUUAAAAUUGUCCUAUUUAUUUUCAUUAAAUGAAUAUUUCUUUUCUUAAAAACUAAGUUUUUGCUUCGUGGUAUCUUCUGAUUUUGCGAAAUUAAAACAAGGUGGUGUAUGGUUUCAUAAAAUACCCCGAUUUGCU